GAAAAGUCGUGUGCCACAAGGUCCUGGUGUUUGUGUUGUGUACACACAGUGUGGCAGAAGGCACGGAGAUUUUGCUAUAUUAAGCAGAACAUUCGGAGAGAGCAGCACAUUCGCCAUCACAUCCUCAUCCUGAUCACAUCUCAGUAGUUUAAUUUAGAGUAACAGAUUUAGAAGAGGAGGAAGUUGCAGAAACAAAAUAAAAUAUUUUAAAUUCAGUUUAGUUUUUCCAUUUGAUUCGACUUAAACAAAACAGAAAAAUGGCAGCCACAAACUAUUAUGCCGAUUUCACUACCAACAACACCAGCGCCAACAUGUACAACUACUCUGCCCCCACAUAUUAUGACAACAGCAGCAGCAGCUAUUAUCAGCAAAGCAACGCCACCUGGAAUCCAGCCACCUACAACCCCAACUAUGCCGCACAAUACAAUGCUCCAGUUAUGGAUGGAUCACAUUACAAUGAAUACUACAACUAUCAGAGCGUAGUGGAUACUCAACAACCAGCUCAAACUCAAGAAGUCCCCAAAGAAACAUUGAAGAGAAAAGCUAACGUGUUAGAGGAAGAAGUCAAACCAGAAAUCAAGCCAGAAGUUGAAGAACCUCCAAGCAAAUUGCGUGCCUUGUUGACUAACCCUGUUAAAAAAUUGAAAUACUCUCCCGAUUAUUAUUACACCACCUUUGAAAAGGUUAAGAAGGCUCCAGCUCCAGUGACCAAUGAAAAACAGUCAAUUUCAUUGCCCAGUACCACACCACCCACCAGCUAUGAACAAGAGUUCUUGGCUGCCCAUACUCCAGCCACUCAACAUAGCAUUUUGUCCCCUAAUCGCAGCGAUGUGGAUUACUUGGAUGUCUACUCGCCCCAGUCGCUCAAAGUUUCCACACACAGCAACAACAACUUCAAGCAAAACGUUUCCCAACCCGCCACUCCAGCAUCAUUGGUCGAUGGCAUCAGCACUCCACCCCUAUCGCCCAACGAUAAACAUGUCAGCCAAAUCAAUCAAACCUCCGAACAACAACAUGAAUUCAAUCAAAUGAUGUCAGCCAAUGACUACAAUUGGUCGAACUGCGAAGACAGCCCUGCAUCAGAUUGCAAAGACUCAAAACGCACCCGCCAAACUUACACCCGCUACCAAACUUUGGAAUUGGAGAAGGAAUUCCACUUCAAUCGCUACAUUACCCGCCGUCGUCGCAUUGACAUUGCGAAUGCUUUGGGUUUGACCGAACGUCAAAUCAAGAUCUGGUUCCAAAAUCGUCGCAUGAAGUCCAAGAAGGAUCGCACCCUCGAAGGACCCAUGGAACAUGGUCUCAACUAUGCCACCAUGCCUUUGGAUGCCAAUGUCAGUGGUCAAGUUCCAUUCGUAGGCCCACACCAAACUAUGGCACCAAACGCUACCUCUACUGCCCCAGGAUCAUAUCCCGCUUACUUAUCAACUGGCCCACAAUCAUUCCCUGCCGCUUACCACCAUCAUCACUCACCCGAACACUAUGGCCAACAAUACGAAGCCACAGCUCAACAUGUCUACCCUCACCACCCUCAUCAUCAACACCAACACGCUCAUUAUCUCGCCGAUGCCCAGCAAUACGGCACUGCUGCUCAUUUUGGCCAAACUGGCUAUGCUCAGCACCAGCACCAACAGCAAAUGCCUAUUGUGCCAACCGGACCCAACCCAAUGUAUCAGAUGGCUUAAAUUGACUGCAGCCCAUCGUUGCGUUGAUCAACCAUGCACAGCCACGAAAGCAAGAUUUUUUGCCAUUUGAGUGCCAGCCAAAGCAAAUGGACAACAAAGUCGAAGACAACUUUCGAGGUUCAAACUCCACAGUAUGCUCAGCAGUAUUGUGGCUAUCCAACGGUGUCUUCGGUUGGGAUUUGACCGAACCGAAAUGUGGACAUCCAUAGCCACAGCCAAGCGAGCUAUGGGUAAGCAACAGAGAACAAAGGAGCGCAGGCGCAAAUACCAAGCAGUGCAAUAUUUACUAAAACAGGCCACAAGGGUGGAUGUGUGUGUGUGUUUGCCAACCAAACAACCAGCGGGCAAUCAAACGAGCAACCAGCAGCAGCAUCACACACACAUACAGGAAGGAAGUAGACACUCUCCCUAAGAAAGCAAUGCUCAUCAACAACAAUGGACACACAAUCACACACCAACCCUUGUGUGUUCCGACGUCAAAAAACCAAUAAAUUAUGAGUUUUGCCAGCAUUGUUCACGGGGAGUAGCAAAAGUUACUUUUCAAUUGAAACAAAAGGCCAAAUCAAAUACGGCAUACCCAUGGCGGGACCUGGGUAACCAGCCUGGGGUAGAUAAUAAUCACCCUAACAGCAUCACUACUCCAACCCUGGUGCGUUUGUUUAUAAUUCGAGCGACAAAGACAUUUAAAUCGUUGCUCUUUCUAAACAAAAGAGCAAUGUCACUGAGAUUUAGUACAAAAUAAUUGAGCUUAUAAUCAAAUACCAUUUUCUCUAUCAUUUUAAUACCAUUUCUAUAAAAUUAUUAUUAUUAAAUUUUGUAUUUUAUUUUUUAAGCUUUAUUUAAUUAUUUAAUAUUGUAAGACUUUUAAAUUAUGUUAAAUAAACACCAUUAAAUUUUAUAAAUGAA